AUGGCCAUACGAAGCUACAAAGGAUCAUACUAUGUAGUGGACAAUGAGGUGCCAGUACUUUCUGAACUUGCUGCUAAACUUGUGCCAAUUCUUGCUUUGUCAGCAGCAGAAGAAAGAAAUUGGAGCCAUUUUGGCUUCGUUCAUAGACCAACUGAUGGCAAAGUUUUAAGUUGGUUUAUAUAUAUAUAUUCAAAUCUUCGUUUGAAUGACAAAGUUACAAACCGUAAUAUAAUUUGGGAGAUAUUAAUAAAAUCAAUGAUGGGUGAAACUGUAUCCCAAACUACAACUGAUAUAAAUUUUAUGUACAAGAUUGAACAAUCUCAAACAAGGUUUCAUUUCUUGGCUGAAAAUUUUUCAUGCAUACAUACUAAAUACAAAGCUUUAAGGUUAACCACUACCCUCUAG